CUCAACUGCACUUUUUUUUAUAUUUUCUCACCAUUUUAGCAAGCCAAAAGCUUAGUUUGUUUGAGAGAUGGCGACGCCAAAAGAACACAUUGAGGAUAUUCGAAGAAAUAACUUCUGGAUCGGACGUGAGGAGCAGAAUAGAGUUGUGUUUAAGAUGUUACACAAAACUGUUAAACUCCUUUCUGCUGAACUCUACGCCAAAGAUGUGCAUUUUCUUAUGGAGCUCAUCCAGAAUGCCGAAGACAACGAGUAUCCUGAGGGUGUUGAUCCAUCACUUGAGUUUGUUUUGACCUCUUGUGAUAUAACUGGCACCGGAGCUCCAGCUUCAUUGCUUGUAUUUAAUAAUGAGAAGGGGUUUUCUGCUGAGAACAUGGAGUCCAUUUGCAGUGCUGGUCUCUCCACUAAAGAAGGCAACAGAAAACGUGGCCAAAUUGGGGAGAAAGGAAUCGGAUUCAAGAGUGUAUUUAUGAUCACCGCUCGGCCUUACAUAUUCAGCAAUGGCUAUCAGAUUCGAUUCACUGAAGAGCCCUGCCCGCACUGCAACAUUGCAUACAUGGUUCCUGAAUGGGUUGAGGAGAAGCCAACUCUUUCUGACAUCAAGCAAAUAUAUGGUUCGGCUUCCACCCUCCCAACCACUGUUAUAAUCCUGCCCCUGAAGCCUGACAAAGUCAAAACUGUGAAGGAACAGCUUUCGAGUGUUCAUCCUGAAAUUCUGUUGUUCCUUACGAAAAUCAAGCAACUUUCUGUCAGAGAACAUAAUGAGAAUCCCGAGCUCAAUACUGUUAGUGCCAUUGCUAUCAACAGUGAGACUAACUUUGUGACAAGGAAGAAUAUUGAUGCUGAGUCCUAUACACUCCAUCUGUCUGCAAGUGGGAACAAAUUUGAAGAAUGCAGCUAUUAAAUG